AAAAAAAAAAAAAGCAAGAGCAGUGUUGUCUUAUCCACCCUCAGUGCACCUCGCAUGUUUGGCAUGGAUCCGUGUCACAAAACCCUGCGUGGAAGAAUCACUGGGAAUAUCUGGGAAUACUGUGGAUUUCUGCCGUGAACUCAACCCAGGGAGGCUUCGGGUGGCAAAGUCCAAUUGACUUUGAUCAUUUUAAAAGAUGCCCUCCGUGUCUCUGUCUCUGCCCUCCACUCUGGCAGGGAGGGUCAGGACGUGGGUUUGUCUCUCCUGCAUGUUUUGGCCCGACGAGCUGGAGGGCGUCCACACACACGCCUUCAAGCUGAAGCCGUUCAAGAAGGCCAAGAGCUGCGAUAUAUGCAAGCAGGCGAUCACCAAGGAGGGCCUCAUCUGCAAAGCUUGUCGAUUGUCCUGCCAUAAAAAAUGUGAAGUGAAGGUCACCACAUCAUGUCAAACAACGACCAGCUAUGAGGUGCCUCCCACUCCUCAGCUGCCAUUAAAGCAUGUAGAUACCCCGGGAUCUACGAGGUCCUGCAAGAGUGUGGAGAUAAGGCGAAAGCAGUCCGGGAGUCAAAGUGUGGUUCAGGCCAUGGAGGAGAGCUAUGAGGUGGACCUGGUCUACAUCACAGAGAGGAUCAUCUCUCUCUCUUUCCCUGCCGGCGCCGAGGAGCAGAGCUAUAUCACCAACCUCAAGGAGGUGGCGACUAUGCUGCACUCCAAACACGGCGAACAUUAUCUGAUGCUCAACCUGAGCGAGACAAGGACUGACAUAUCAAAGUUAAACCACAAGGUUCUGGAGUUCGGCUGGCCAGACCAUCAUGCACCAGCGCUGGACAAAAUCUGCAGCAUGUGCAAGGCCAUCGACACAUGGCUCAAUGGUGACCCACGCAACGUUGUUGUGUUACACAACAAGGGGAAUCGAGGUCAAACUGGGGUUGUGGUGGCGGCGUACAUGCACUACAGCAACAUAUCCGCCAGUGCUGACCAGGCGUUGGACAGGUUCGCCAUGAGGCGCUUCUACGAGGACAAAGCACUUCCUGUGGGUCAGCCAUCGCAGAGGAGGUACGUGCGCUACUUCAACGGCCUUUUGUCGGGACACAUAAAAAUCAACAACAAGCCUCUGUUCCUGCAUCACGUCAUCAUGCACGGCAUACCUAACUUUGAGUCCAAAGGAGGCUGCCGUCCUUUCUUGAAGAUCUACCAGGCAAUGCAACCAGUCUACACAUCAGGAAUAUAUAAUGUACAAGGAGACAGCAACACCAGUAUCUGCAUCACAAUUGAACCAGGCCUGCUACUGAAGGGAGACAUCUUGCUGAAGUGUUACCACAAGAGGUACAGGAACCCGACCAGAGACGUGGUGUUCAGGGUUCAGUUCCACACCUGUGCCAUCCACGACCUCGGUGUGGUCUUUGGAAAGAGCGAGCUGGACGAAACCUUCAAAGAUGAGAGGUUUCCAGAAUAUGGGAAGGUGGAGUUUGUCUUCUCGUAUGGCCCGGAGAAAAUCAAAGGUAAAGGAUUGGGCCACCUGGAGAACGGGCCAAGCGUCUCGGUGGACUACAACACCCAGGAUCCUCUGAUCCGCUGGGACUCGUACGAGAGCUUCAACCAACAAUGUGAGGACACUGCGGACGGCGACCAGGAUGUUGAUCAUACCCAAGGUCCACUUGAUGGAAGCCUAUAUGCUCGGGUCCGCAAGAAAGACUCCCUGGAGGGAGUUGUCACCAUCAAUGGCCUCCCUGUCCAUGAAAACUCCUUGACCAAUGCCAAGAACUCUUUGCAGCACACCAACCAUCCUCUUCAAACCACUGACAAAACACUUCCUGUGACAGGCCACGCCUCACUCCCCGCUGUUGACCACACCCUCUCUGUGAGUAGUGAUUCGGGCAACUCUACUGCCUCUGUAAAAACUGAUCGUACAGAUGAGCACAGCCAGUCUACGCAGAUUACCGCCAAUCACAACAACCCAACAGCAACUCACCCACCACUCAGUCCACAGGAAAAGAGAGAACUUGAUCAGCUUCUGAGUGGUCUUGAGGCGCCAACUCACCUACGGCAAGCUUACCUGUCCACAUCCACCAGUCCAGGAGGAGGAGUACGGCACCUGGUCCCAGCGCAGGUACACGUCAACGGCAGCCACACCAAGCCAGCUGGUGCCCCUUCUACAGAGGAGCGUGAAACAGAUAUUCUUGACGACGAGCUGCCCAACAGCCAAGAGGGCAACAGUGUUGACAGCUUGGGCACAAUUUCUUCCCUUGAGGGGCAGGCGACACCAGCUGACCUCUACUACCAAUCUGAAACGCCUGUCAGUGUGAAGAACGACGGGCCAUAUCUUGAGAGAGGCGUUCUGGGGGAAAAGUUGAGCGAAAUGCCUGUGCAUGGAGUACGAACUCCCACGGCGAUGCAAGAGAGGUCUGUGGACUUGGCCUCACCACAGGGGGGAUACGACAGCUACCAGAAUGGAGGAGGGAUGUACAGUUCGCAAUCCUUUGGCAAUCCGACUCCUGGCAGUCCUGAAACCAAUCCUAAACUUAUGCCUAGGGCCCCUGAGAGGAGCACCAGUAGCCGAGAGGCAGUUCAAAGAGGUCUCAAUACUUGGCAUCAGUAUAGCCUUCCAGAUGAUCCCUUUGGCCCUCCACUUCAGUCAACCCACAGCUUGCCCCACUUCCCCACCCCAGCUUCACAACGGGACAUAGAACAGUCCAUCGAGGCACUCAACAUGCUCAUGCUCGACCUUGAUCCAAUCAACUCCCACAUGUCUAAGUCUCACAGUGCGCCCCCUGGGGAGAACAACCUGAAUUCAUCGCAGGUGACCUUCUGUCAGACCCUUGCUAGACCCUCUUACCAAGCGGACUCUGCUAUCCAAGGCUACAACAACUCUGGGUCGCUGAACAACUCCUUCCAUCAGCCCGCAAGAUCAGCUGGGAGAGUGUCAACAAACCAGAGCCCAGUUAUGGAUUCUCCGGUGUAUUCUCCCCAGAAGCCGAAUGCCAACUAUCAACACCAAAACACCACCCAAACACAUACCCCAGAGCCCUACCUCCAAUCACGCCAAGCAACCCACCACUACGCUGCAGAUCCCUCUUUGAAUUUCAACCAGCAGGCACCAGUGAAGCCUGUGAACUCGCACCCAAGCAGCGGGGUUUCCCACUCCCCGGAACUGCAGGGUUCAUCUCCUUAUCCAGGCUACAGUGCCUCCUCUUCACCUGUCCCAGCUGCCACGCCCCUGCCCAAGGAUACCUCCUCUACCUCCUUGGUCCGAGAACAAGAUAAUACCGAGGAGGAAAACUUAAACUUGGAAGGCCUAGUGGCUCAUCGCAUUGCUGAGUACAACGCUCGCAUACGGGGCAUCAGUGAAAGCAUGUCACCGCAACAAUCUGACCGCCAUCGCUCCUAUUCCUUCUCUGGAGUUCGCUCUCGAGGUAUGACCCCAGAAGUGACUCAAGAGACAGGCCGACGUCGAACCACCAGUGAGGGUCAGUACCAGGGCAGCCAUGAAGACACGACGGUGGUCCAUUCUCCAGACUUUGCCAACAAUCUGGCCCUCAAUGCUGGAGGACAUCCCAGAGAGGGUCUGAUGCACAGCUACCGGGAGGCGUUUGAGGACGACAGGGCACAUGGUUUUGCUAACAGUCCCACCUUUGGAGGCAGUGGUGAGAAUUCUCCACAGAGCCCUCACCUCCACAUGUCUCGCUCUCCUCCAGGUUUGAUCAAGACUCCUCUGUCGCCCCUGGGCCUGCAGCCACAUCAUCAAGGUGGUUCAGACUCUGAGUCUAAUGACGGAGAGCAAGAUAAUCACAGUUUUGGGGAGUCAAGAGCACAACCGUUCAACACUCUCCAGUCGUCCAGCAGUCCUGUUCACAGUGUUGAUGGGAGGAGGAUUGGGUCUUCAGAUGGCGGCCCUCACUUCCCCGCCUCCCCCCACCCCUACAGCCCUGCUUCCCCCCACCCCUACAGCGCUGCCGCCUCCCCCCACCCCUACAGCCCUGCUUCCCCCCACCCCUACAGCCCUGCUUCCCCCCACCCCUACGGCAAUGCCUCCCCCUACCCCUACAGACCUGCCUCUCCUGAGGGCUCCCAGGUCAACAUCAUGGGCGUCCACACAGUCCCCGGGAGCCCCAACACCCUCCACCGCACAGUGGCCACAAACACGCCACCAAGCCCUGCCCUCCAGAGACGUCUGGGUCAGGCCAGCCCUUCACUGGGCAGACACCCGCCUCCGACAGGCGUCCCCUCCAGCCCUCUGAUUGGCCGCAAGUCAGCGGCCUCCGGUGUGCCCCCCAGCCCCCUGAUGGGGCGGCGCACAGCAGCAAGUGGCCACAGCACACCUGACGAGCUGGGGGCUGCCUCUCGCCAGGGCAGCGCCCAACCGCCCCCCACGCCUGCCUUCCCCGUCUCCCCACAGCUGCCAGAGAAAAGGCACAUGUCCAGCGGGGACGCAGAGAGGAUGGACAACAAUAACCUGACACCGGCCAGUGGUGGAAGCACGCCAAACCUAUCUGGCACUCACACACUCCCGGAUAUCCCCAAGUCCAUAUAUGACGGUUGUCCAGACAUCAAGAUGAACGUCAAGUUCGUCCAGGAUACGUCCAAGUACUGGUACAAACCGGACAUCUCCAGAGAGCAAGCCAUCAAUCUGUUGAAGGAGAGGGAGCCCGGGGCGUUCAUCAUAAGGGACAGCCACUCCUUCCGCGGGGCGUAUGGUCUCGCCAUGAAGGUGGCCUGCCCCCCACCAACUGUCCAGCAAAGCAAAAAAAUGGGCGACAUGACCAACGAGCUGGUGAGACACUUCCUGAUUGAGACAAGCCCUAAAGGCGUCCGUCUGAAGGGUUGUCCCAACGAACCCUACUUUGGUUGUCUGUCUGCUCUCGUCUAUCAACACUCCAUGACUCCACUGGCUCUGCCCUGCAAACUGAUGAUCCCCACCAAAGACCCAAAUGAGGAAGCGCUGGAACUUGUAACACCUACUGAUCCAGUUGUUGAGCUCAUUAAGCAAGGAGCAGUUCAGAAGGUUCCUGAGGAAGCCCAUGCGUGCAAUGUUCUAUACAUCAACUCUGUCGACAUGGAGUCUCUCACGGGGCCUCAGGCCAUCUCCAAGGCAAUCAGUCAAACGCUGGAGACCAACCCUCUGCCGGCGGCGACGACCGUCCACUUCAAGGUGUCCACACAGGGCAUCACGCUCACUGACAGUCAGAGGAAGAUUUUCUUCAGGCGACAUUAUCCCCUCAACACAGUAACUUUCUGUGACACUGAUCCCCAGGACAGAAAAUGGGGCAAAGAAGGUGGCGGCUCAGUGAGGCUUUUUGGAUUUGUUGCAAGGAAACAAGGAAGCACAACAGACAAUGUGAGCCACCUGUUUGCCGAGCUGGACAUAGAUCAGCCCGCCUCUGCCAUCGUCAGCUUUGUCUCCAAAAUGAUGAAACGGUGAAACCCCCGAAAUUGAAAUGGCAGCGGUCAUUUUGAAAGCUUCCCUCUUCAUCGGUGUGUUUUUUCACAAGGACACGAUGAUAUCCUCGGUUUCCUGUUGGUUUGUUUCCAUCUCCCUUCUCUCUUUGUUUCUUUCUCUCUGCCUUGCUGAUUUGACUUUGGUCUUUUUUGGAAAGAAAGCCUAUUUUGAAGGAUUUGGUGCCGGAUCAGAGGUGGGAUUAGAGGAUGUGUGGCAUGGAGCUGAGAACGUGACAAAAGUGGAGGCAACGGAAGGGAGAAAAGAAAAUCACAGGGUAACCUGUUCAUGAGGAAAAUGCUCCCCAAAGACUUGAGGAACAAUGCUACGUUUAGUUGGGGGGCAAAUGCGUAAGGACUUGUAUGUUUCAGGGUUUUCUGUUUCUGUUUUUGUUGAUUGAUUUACCAAAGGUUGUUUGCAAUACAAGUGCAAGAAUGAUGUAGCUUUUAAGCCAUUGUAAUUAUUUCCUCUUUUCAAAAGAUUAAGUGUUGAACAGAACAAAACAAAAAAAAAGAGAGAGAAAAUAACUUCAGUUUCUUCUCGAACUUGUCUUCAGGAAAAAAGUUGGCCUUCGUGGCUUUUAGCAAAACAGUGUCUGAAGACCUUAUGCAUGUUAGCUUGAUCAUUAAGCUUGGUUCUUCGACCUUCCACAAAAAAAGUCAUAGUGAAAUCCUUAGAGUGGGUUUUUCCUCCAGGUCUGUUUUGUGUUGGAAAGGGCUCUGCAGUGAAACCAUGACUGAUCUAAACUGCGCUUAACAGACCAGACUCAAGAAGAAACAAAAAAAACAAAAAAAAAAAAGAAAUGAAAAGGAAAACUCACAUUAAUGUCCACCACACACUCUGCUUCAAGUCCAAGCCUGAACUCUGUCUCUUUUCUGUCUUUCAAACCGUAUUGGAUUUACUCAAAUCAGCAUCCUCCUGAUUGCAUGGCAGACAGAGCGAGGGCAAACUGUCCACAAGAUGGCGCCACUCAUUUAGGCUUGGACCCUGCACCCCAGCAGUCCUAUAGACUUGCCCAUCCGUGACUGCUUGCUUUAGUGGAUCUGUUGAUAGACGCUGCCACUGAAACACACUGGAGAAGACCAGGAAGUGGCUCAACGACCUGGACCUAUGCACUGUUCUUUAUGCAUGUUUUUGUCCGUAAAUGCAACCUCUCCCCAUUCAGUAGCUCCAUUCACCAUCACUGAAAACAUUCUUCUUCUUCUUCUUCUUCUUCUUCUUCUACUUCUAUGCUGUGUGCUUAAGAAAACAACUUUAAAAGAAAAAAAAACCUUCAGACACUGAGGCUGUAUGACUUGUCAAAGACUGCAUGAAAUAGACAACAUCUUUUGUACUCCUCUCAAGAGUCCUGAAAAGAAGUAGACAACCCAUUGUUGAAUUAGUCACAUGAUGGUGAGAUGCUAUAUUUUUACUUCUCUCUCUCUCUCUCUCUCUCUUUAAUUUUCAUUUAAGCCAGGGUUACCUUUUCGCUUGAUCGGGGACAAGUUUGUUUUUCCACAGUGUCGUCAAAAUUUUACAUUUCGAUACAACGUAGAGCAAAAGAGGAAAAAACGAACAAAAAAAACAACGGAACACAAGGAGUUUCCACACUGUGCGUAAAUGCCUGCUUGUCGAACACACUCAACCAUUCACAAUAAGCUAAGGAAAAUUGAUAUUGAAAAUAAAUGUACAUAGAUAUACUACUUUGAAAGGUGACAUAGCGAAAAGUAUUUAUUUUUGUUGCUUUGGUCCCUCAUGAUUACUCAUAUAUACAUAUAUUGUACAGUCUAGAUAAAGAAGAUUACCUAAUGGGUUGAGAAAAAAAAUAUAUACUUAUUUUGGCUAAUGAUUUCAAAGUCUGACGAUUUUGAAAUGUGUUUGAAUAUAUGGUGUACAUUACUUUGUACAUGUAUAUGUUUGUUUUCAGCUCAUCAUUGUUUUGUCCCCCCCCCCCUUUUUCUUUUGGUUUGCAUUCUCUCAGAAUGAGGUAGGGCAUGAGUGAGGUAGAAGCCGAGAGUCUGAAUUGCAUGGAUAAAAGCGUGUGAGCGUGUAUUUUUUUCUUUCUUUUUUUUUUUAGAAAAAAAAAGGACAGCAGAAACACGCUCGUAGAAGUCAAAGCUGGUAGUUAUUAAGAUUGAAAAAUAAUAAAACACGCAAAUUUUAGACAAAGGGGAAAAAAAAAACGUUUAGAAGAAUCCCCCCUCAAAUGCAAUAUGAAAACAGCUGUAUGCAGCCAUGACGGUUCUAAUUAUCAUUUGCCAAAGAUUCAAACAUGUCUCGUGUGUUCUGACUGGAUGCAUGUCGCUUACAUAUAUAUAUAUAUAUGUAUAUAUGUAUAUAUACAUAUACAUAUAUAUAUAUGCACAUAUACAUGUAUAUAUAUAUUCAAAUGCUCUUCAGUCGCCAUGUUUUUUUACAUUUCACAUUUUAAAAUAACACAUUUUGCUCAACUUUAGCAGCAAGGGUGCAUUUGAAUGAGGCAAACGUGUGCUUGUCUGUCGUUUUUGUGGCAGACAACAGGCUGGGAAAAAAGGUGAAAACAAAGCACUUACACUCACAAUACCAAAAGAGGGGUGACAUGAAUUCCAUAUGGGUUUCAAUUGCUGGAUGGUAAAUAAACACAAAGCGCUGCAGCUGUAGCUUUUGUCAGACUGCCAAAGGCAUUUUUCUCCUGCUCCCCUCAAAAGUCAAUCGAUUUAUUUAUUCUUAUUUAUUCUUUUAUUUCUCCUGACAUGUUUUUUUUUUUUUUUUUUUUUUCAUUUUGUUGUUGACAUUUUGAUGGUCAGUGUUAAUGGAUGCAGGAAUGUGCGGUGGCACCUAAAUUGAAAGCAAAGAGGUACAGUGCUCUUAAAAUCGACUACUAACUGGCUCCAUUUCACUUUUCAUUUGGAGAAGGAAAUAAUAUUUAAAAAAAAAUGUUGAAAUUGAAAAAAAAAAAUUUGCAUUGUACCUUUUGGCUUUGAGUCAAGAGUCACCUUAAUUUCAAUGAUUUUGUUUUUUCUGUGACCCCUGUGUACAGAUGGGACUUGUUUGAAUGUGCUAUGUACAAAAGGGUCUCAGAUUUUGUUUGCGCAUAAUUAUCAUUUACAUUAUAUUGUCAUGGCUUACCUGUUCCUAAGGAGAAAAAAGAACAUUAAAGCAAUAGAAGUCAGUUACAGUCAA